ACUGGUCCACAUGUCUGCGUUGUAGGGAAUAAUUGAAAGCUUCAGACGACAGGCACCCACUCUUUGGCCAGAAACCUACCAGGAUGAAGAAGUCAUCAGCAAGGGCAGCCACGCUGAGCUUGCUCCUAAUAUCGUGCCUUUCGCCAUGUUGCGUACGGCUCACUCGCAACUGGUCAUGAUGACUCUCCCUGCUGACAUCCUGCUCAAGGUUCACGAGGCUUCUCGGACACCCUUCCUGGUAGAAACGCUCACAUUCAGCGAUUGGUCGGUCCUCAGCGGCAUCUAUGAGAAUCAUCCGGAAGCUUUAGACAAACAGUUGCAGGCUCUAGCAAUCAAUGUCAGGAUCGUUGCGUCAAGGAACAAAAUAGAGAGUAGGGAGAUCAAUAAGAUCAUUGCGAAUGGAGAAAGGAUCAUAUUGGGGAAAUUUGGAUAUAGUACGACACACCUGACUGAGGUCGGAGACAUAGAUGUCUCAGAACAAGUUAAUGUUAGAAGACAGGAGAGGAGAAGAAGGAUUGGGCUCUCACAAGCAGAAAUAGAGUACCUAGAAAAACAGCAGGAGAUUAGACUUAACACGGUCCUUAGUACGGCAUCGACUGCUGCAGAUGCUGCUGGGAGGGCACACAAACUGGGACAAGAAAGCCACUUUCUCCCCCUGGCUUCUGGCUCGUGGAUCGAAAGGCAGAGCAAGUUCGUUUCACAUAAGCUAUGGCACUUGGACAACUUCAACUAUGCAGCUCCCAUCUCGAUUGAGGCCUUCAAGGCUCUGGCCAAUCUCUCGGGCAAAGAACUACAGAAGUGCAAGGAGGCCGCAGAUAACUUUGCACUUCAUCUCCCGGCCAACAGGCCAGCCCUUGAUGGGAAUUUUCCCAUCUUAGCCAUCCUGGACAAGACCAAGUGUGCCAUCUCCAAGCAACUCCUUAUCCAGAAGGCGUUCCCCAGAGCACCGCAGACGCUGGAGGAAGUCAAGAAAAUGUGGAACACCGGAAGAGACUACCUCAAGUGCACUUGCAGCACCAACUGUGGGAAAACCAUCACGUGGUUUGACCAUUUCAUUUGGUACUACAUUGCCAAUUUGGAUUUCUUCGAUCCAAAGGCCCCUUCAGACAUCACCCGAAUGCUGGAUUUUCAGCAACGACUGAAAACGGAGUGGAGGUUGCUAGUCUUGGCACAAGUUUCCUUCCUCUACAUGAGGAAGAUGAUGACCAAGAUACUGGAGCGACUCAUCGACGAGCCCGAUAGUACCGCCGAACAGCUGCUUGAUCACCCGUCAUUGAAGGGUGUACCUUUCGCCAACAGGUUUGUAGCGAUUCUUCUUCCUAACGAAGGAGAACGGAUCCCGGCCUCCGCAACAAGCAAAAGAAGGCUGGACACUCCGACUUCGGACAUGGUCCAGAGGAGCAGAUCCAGGCAAACGGCACUAUCCUUCACGCCUGCCAGGAACCCUCAACAAAACGGAACAACCCCUCCUCCUCCCCCAGCAACAGUCGGUCUUCAAACUCCACAUGGUACUCCUGGGACGGACAACCCCCUUGCACAGAAGGUCACCACCCCACAGACACAACGCCCGCAAUUUGCCCAGUCUGUACCUGCACACGCCUUCCCACCCCAAGCCCAAGCCAAUCCCGCACACAACUCCUCUUCGGCUACACCGGCCGCUGCACCAGCUCUCCACACGGUCCAAGCCGCCCAAUCCACAGCACCACGACAGUCAAUGAUAGACGGCCGGCCAAGCCCAAAAGGCCCAGAAACAAUCGAAGGAAUGGCGCUGCAAAGAGACCCCGUGUUCCUAAAGGCAUUGCGGCACAGGCUCCAGCCAACGCCCUCAGGUCACAAGCUCAGAUGCUUGUUGCCAAUGCUUUACAGACUGCACACAACACUAACUGCUCCCAACGGCCACUUCUCCCCCUUCCUGUCCAGCGCAAUGCCAAUCCCUCUGAUAACCCUCUGAGACUACUUCACCCCGUGCAAGCUCGCUCUGCCCCUGUCAGCUGGCUUCCCCCCAUACAACACUUCUUGGAACAUCUUCCCAACAGACAAUC